UUGAACAGACGUCUCUUUGCAGGGAUGGGGAAAGACUUCGACAACGGCGAACUGCAAACGUUAGAGGAGAGGACUGAAAUUCCAGAAUGCAGUAGAAAAACAAAGGCUGCUCCAGCAUUCGAGGAGGUCCUGGACGCCAUUGGGUCCCGGGGGAAGUUCCAGACGAGGCUGAACAUCGUCUUCGUUUGCAUUGCCUCAUGCUUCGACAUGAUGAGUCUCAACGUGUUCUACCUGGCUAUGCAGACUCCUGAUCACUGGUGCUACGUCCCUGGCAGGGAAUUUUCCAACCUUUCGAUUGAGGAGUGGAAGAACCUCACCAUACCGAGGGAAGGAGCCUCGUUCAGCAAGUGCCUGAUGUACAACCAGAGCGAUGUGACAGACUCCGGCGGCAGCAGGGAACCUGUGAAGUGCCAGGACGGCUGGGAGUACGACGACACCUGGUUCUCCCUGACGGUGACGUCACAGAUGAACUGGGUCUGCGACAACCAGCAGGCCGUCAAUGACGUGUUGUUCUACUCACAGAUUAUUGGGGUGGCGCUGGGGUUACUGUUUGGCUACAUCGGCGACAUGUACGGCCGACGCCCCCAGCAGCUGCUCUGCCUGUCAGCCCACGUGGUCAGCAGACUGCUGGUCGUCCUCGCUCCACACGUGCUGCCCCUCUUCAUCCUCGCGGCAUCCCUCGUGUCAGCUGCGGCUGGGCCCAUGGUAGAAUCGGUCUUGUCUGUCGGUUUGGAGCUGACUGAUGUCAAGCACCGCACUGCAGUCAACCGCUAUGAGUGCUUUAGUGAGGCCGUUGGAAUGAUGCUUGCUGGUCUCGUGUCGUGGGCAGUGCCCAAUUGGAACUACUUCGUCUCGAUUGCUACCCUCUCUUGUUUUGCGUUAUUCUUCUUCUUCAGUUGGUUCCCCGAGUCUCCACGCUGGCUGGCGUGCAGGGGUCGAGAGCAGGAGGCGCUGGCUGUUCUGCGGCGCAUAGCAGCCACCAACGGCUCCACGGUGCCUCCGUUCGCCGUGCAGGUGAUCCAGACCGUGGGCGAGAGCAAGACAGACAGGAGGGGCUUCCUCUGCAUCUUUUCCAGCUGGAACGUCUUCAGGAACACAGUAAUCCUCAUCAUUGCCAGGUCGGUGUACCUGCUGACUAUGUUCUCACCAGUGAUAGCAGUGAGCCGAUUGAGCGCGAACCCUUUCCUGGGGAUAGUGGCGCAGGGGGCGGCAAUUUUCGCUGCCUUCUACGUGGUGAACUACUUUGGAGCGAGGUUCGGUCGCCGUUGGCCCAGUGCAGCCAGUGCACUCUUGGCCGCACUGGCCUGUGUUCUCAUCUUCUGCCUGUUCACUGCACACGUCGAGGGCGCACCCGUCGUGAUGGGGACCUUGCUGAUGCAGUUCAGCACCACUGCCAACAUGAGCAUGACCAACCUGCAGAGCAUCGAGGUGCACCCCACAUGUCUACGCCAGAUCGCAACCAGUGUCGAAUGGGCUGUCGCCGGGGUUGCCAUGUCUGCUCUGCCCUAUUUGGCGUUGAUGGAUGAGAAGCGACUUCCCUUCGCCAUCCUCGCAGCUCUCAACUUGAUGGUAGCGUUUUCGGUGUCGUUCCUGCCGGAAUCUGCGCUGCAGCGAUUGCCAGAGACGUUAAGGGACGGUGCCGUCUUUGGCAGAGGACAGCGCUACUGGAGCUGGAAACCCAAACCAACACCGGAGUACGCCAAGGGAUAAAAGAGUUCCAGAAGUUCCUUUUAGUUUAGAAUGAAUGUUAAGGCGACGCUGGCAAUCUUCGACUUCUGUUU